AUGGCCGACGGGCCCAGAGUGGGCCUUGCUGGCGUGCCAACGCGGAAGGGGCGAAAACGCCCCGAAGCAGAGGAAGGUUCGCCCCGGAAGUUCAACCCGCUGCAGUACUACGAGGAGAUCCGGCACCUGGGCUCCGGCGCCGUCGGCGCCGCGGUCGUGGUGCGCCGGCUCUCGGACGGCCGGCGCUUGGUGGCGAAGAAGUGCUCCGUGAAGGACAUGGACGAGAAGCAGCGGCAAAUGUGCUUCGAGGAGAUCGCGCUUUUGCAGAAGGUGCGGCACGAGUGCAUUGCGCAGCUGGUGGAUUUCGUUUGGGCCUCCAAGGACAUGCUCAGCUACUGGAUUGUUCUCAAGUUCUAUUCCGGCGGCGAUGUGCAGAGCGAAAUUGACAAUUGCCGAGAGAAUGAGCUGGAGCUCCCCGUGGGGAAAGCUAAGAAUUGGGUGACCCAACUGUGUAUGGCGCUGAAGCACGUGCACAAGUUGCGGAUCGUGCACCGCGAUGUCAAGGGCAGCAACAUGUUCAUCACUGGAGCUCGGAAUAUCGUUCUGGGGGACUUUGGCGUCAGCAAGCAGCUCACGGAGUCGCAGCAAAAAGCCAUGACCUCCGUCGGGAGCCCUAUGUAUAUGGCGCCCGAAUGGUGGGAUGGCCGGGGCGGCACCGCUGCUUCGGACAUGUGGAGUGUGGGGGUGGUCCUUUUCGAGCUUUUGGCUCUGAGGCGUCCUUUUGAAGCUUCCAACGUCCUCUCGUUGGUUCACAAGAUCACCACCGAAGAGCCUGCAGCUUUGCCGGAGGAUGCGGACCCACAACUGGCAGCCCUGGCGCUGAAGCUGCUGGACAAGCGACCGGAGCAUCGCCCGAGUGCAGAGGAAGCAUUGGACAAAGGCCUGGAAGACGUGGAGAAGAUCCUCACGAUUUACCGAGAAGCCCUGGAGAAGAAAUCAGAGAAGAGGCUUCGGAGGCUUGCCAAAGAGGAAGACGCUGCAGCUGGCAAAAAGCCUCGGCGCCCCAGUAGAUCAUGCAGCGACGGCGACAGCAGUGGCAGUGCUGCAAUCGCAGGGUUUCGAGGGAUCAACUUGGUCGAGAUCGCCAGGAGGCAAGCAGGCACAUUGCCUGCCACGGUCGAUGAGGCUGGUGAAGAUGAGGGUAGUGAAGGAAGCUCAGACGAUGAGGAUGAGGAAGACGAAUCCGAGGAGUCGUCCUCCGGGCUGGACGCAGAUGAAUCGGAGGAGGGGAGCUCGGAUGAAUCUGGCUUGCAAGAUUCGUGGGGAGAUGUGGCAGUGAAGACGCAAGAUCCACAACAAUUACUUGGCGGUCUUGCAGGUGCUGCAGGCCAAAAGCGCCGGGUGCGACAGCAAAUCUGGUGA